AUGUCGUCUAACACUAAUACCGAUAUCUGGCUUGCUGGCGCAUUUGCUGCUUUCUCUGUCGAUCUUCUUGUCUACCCACUAGACACUUUAAAGACGCGUCUACAGUCAGAAGACUACCAGAAACUCUACAAAAAUGUUGAUGGCACCUCCAAACGCGCCCUUUUCCGCGGCCUGUACCAAGGCGUCGGCUCGAUCAUCCUCAUCACCAUCCCCUCCUCUGGCGUGUUCUUCACCACGUACGAAGCUCUGAAAUCCAGCAUAAAUACAGCCAUCCCUCCAAACUCAACGCUGUAUCUGCCCCAACCUGCCGUACACGCUGCGGCCAGUGUUGGCGCGGAGUUGGUGAGCUGUGCUAUCCUGACACCAGCGGAAGUUCUCAAGCAAAAUGCUCAAAUGCUCAGUUCAGGAGGACGCGGGUCUACAUCGUUGCAAGUCUUUCGGCAAUUCAGAAGCAAUCCCGCGAGGCUAUGGAGGGGAUACACUGCGUUGGCUGCAAGGAACCUUCCAUUUACCGGCUUGCAAUUCCCCAUUUUCGAAUAUCUGAAAGAGUAUUUCAUGAAGAGGAGGAAAGCAAAGAGAGACGGAGCCCCAGUAAAUGGUAUUGCUGAACGUGCCAUGAUUACUGCCAUGAGCGCUGGUAUCGCUGGUAGUGGAGCCGCAUGGAUCACUACACCGAUAGAUGUCGUCAAAACAAGGAUCAUGUUGGCAGCUGGCUCUGGUGACGAUCCUUCCUCCUCGAAACUUGACGGAAAGGCGAAAGCGUCGAAUUUGCUAUUCCAGGGGACUCAAGGCUCGCGAAAGAGCGGGUUCACCGUUGCAAGAGAUAUCCUGGGCAAAGAAGGUGUUCGGGGCCUUUUCCGUGGAGCUUUGCUACGAGCUGGUUGGACCGCUCUGGGAAGUGGUCUCUACUUAGGUUGCUACGAAGGUGGUAGAUUCUACCUGGAAGAUAGGAGGGAGAACAUCAAGGAAGGAGACCAUCUCAUGCAGCGUGACUGGUCUAAAGUCAAGGUCGGUGUUGGUGGAAGCCGAUCCCAUGAUAUCGUCAAAAAGAGUGCCUGGCAGGACGAUUGA